AUGCGCUCUACCGCCGCCAAGAAGUCGUUCCACCCACCUUUCAAGCAUACAGCUCGGUGCAACACUGCAGCACCCGGUCGCGCGGUGGCGCGACAGCUGCACCGAAGCCAGGCAUAUGCGCUACAUGCAGCGCCAUCCUUUGCAGAUGACCUCUGCGCAGCAAAUACCUCGUCAACGCUUGCACCGCUCGCACCAGAUACGGCUGCCGCGGUGUCCCAGCCCUUCACAGCGCCCAAGAAGGGGUCGGAAUGCGACGACGACACCGCGCCGCGAGGCGCGACAACCGAUCCUCUCCCCAGCACCGAGACUGGUGUUACCCUCGAGAGGUGUGAGCCUUCUCACCGGCAGCUAAAGCAGCGCAUCGACGCUCGCCGAGCCGAGCUCGAAGGCACGCAAGCGUUGUCACUCGUAGCAGACACGCUGUAUUGGGUGACAGUUUCGCAGGCGGCGCUGCAGCACUUGGCGGACGCUAAGGCAGCAGGCCAGGUGGAACGGGUACUGUCAGAGCUUCACAUUGACCCGCCGACGGUGCUAUUCUCAGUGGAGGAAGGUAGCUUCUCUCACCCAUGA